CCGGGGCCGGGCUGACCGACAGCAGCUCGGAGGUGUCAGACUGCAGUGCCUCGGAGGAGGCGAAGCUGCUCUCGCUGGAGCUGGGGCUCAGCGGCAGCGACGGCGAGUCCCCAGGCAGCGCCCCGCCGCCCCCCCCCUCGGCUGGCGAGGCCUCGCCGCUGCCCGAGGAGCCCUCGGCCGCCUCCAUGGCCAGCAGCCGCCUGCAGCUCAGCACCUCCCUCGCCUUCUCCGACCUCACCGAGGAGCUGUUGGACGCCGGCACCGACGGGCUGCUCCGGGAGCUGGAGGACCUGCGCUCCGAGAACGACUAUCUCAAGGAUGAGAUCGAGGAGCUACGGGCUGAGAUGCUGGAGAUGAGGGAUGUCUACAUGGAGGAGGAUGUGUACCAGCUGCAGGAGCUCCGGCAGCAGCUGGACCAGGCCAGCAAGACCUGCCGCAUCCUGCAGUACCGCCUGCGCAAAGCCGAGCGCCGCAGCCUCCGUGUGGCCCAGACAGGGCAGGUGGAUGGAGAGCUCAUCCACAGCCUUGAGCAGGAUGUCAAGGUGGCCAAGGAUGUCUCCGUGCGGCUCCACAACGAGCUGGAGGUGGUGGAGAAGAAAAGGAUCAGGCUGGAGGAGGAGAACGAGGACCUGCGCCAGCGGCUCAUUGAGACAGAGCUGGCCAAGCAGGUGGUGCAGAACGAGAUGGACAAACUCCGAGAGAAUUCCCUGAAGAAACGGGGGUCUCGCUCCAUUGGGAAGACAGAAAAGAAGCCAUCAGUGCAGGAGGACAGCGCAGACUUGAAGUGCCAACUGCAUUUUGCCAAGGAGGAGUCGGCCCUGAUGUGCAAGAAGCUGACCAAGCUGGCCAAGGAGAACGAUGGCAUGAAGGAGGAGCUCCUGAAAUACAGGUCCCUCUACGGGGACCUCGACAGCUCCCUCUCCGUGGAGGAGCUGGCUGACUCUCCCCAUUCUCGUGAAGCUGAGCUGAAGGUUCACCUCAAGCUGGUGGAGGAGGAAGCCAAUAUCCUCAGCCGGAGGAUAGUGGAGCUGGAGGUGGAAAACCGCGGGCUGCGGGCAGAGAUGGACGACAUGAAGGGGCAGGGGGACAGAGAGCUGCCUGGACAGGACAUGCGGUUCCUGGCGGGCAUCUCGGGUUGUGGGGACGCUGGGGACACAGUGGUGGAGCUGCGCCGGCACCUGCAGUUUGUGGAGGAGGAGGCUGAGCUGCUGAGACGCUCGCUGCUGGAGCUGGAGGACCAGAACAAGCUCCUCCUGAAUGAGCUGACCAAGUACAAGUCGGACCACGAGCUGGACAUGACACUGUCAGAGGACAGCUGCUCGGUGGUCAGCGAGCCCUCGCAGGAGGAGCUGGCCACAGCCAAGGUGCAGAUCAGCGAGCUGAGCGGCAAGGUGAAGAAGCUGCAGUACGAGAACCGUGUGCUGCUCUCCAACCUCCAGCGCUGUGACCUGGCCUCCUGCCAGACCACCCGGCCCAUGCUGGAGACCGACGCUGAGGCUGGCGACUCGGCACAGUGCAUCCCCACCACCGACUGGAGGGACGGAAUGGGCGUCAGCGAAGCCGACGGGCAGGACAGGGUGCCCAGUGGUGGGAAAGUGCCCGACGGUCCCACCAAGCUGCUCAAGGCCAAGGACCUGGAGACCUUGCUGGGCAUCCGGGACCAGGCAGCUCUUGUCAACAAGGCGAUUGACAUCUUGAUUUCAGAUGCCAAUGGCUUCACCUCUGGGCUGAAGGCAUGCUUGGACAAUGAGUGUGCCUUGGGGCUGCUGGGCGAGGCGGUGGGUAGCGGUGGUGAGAGCCCCAGUGAUGCCAAGCUGAUGAACGUGCUCCUCAUGCGGCUGGGCGUGCUGCAGCAGGACCUGGGCUGCUUCACCAGGAAGGUGGACCACCUCACCAGUGGCCUCAAGGAGCACACGGACUCUUUCCCCUUCUCCAGCCCCGGCAGCCAUGACACCACCAAAGAGGGGCUGCAGAAGGAGCACGCCACUGACUUCCAGCAGCCUGAUUUUAGGGACGCUGACACUUACCGCAUCCCCCACGCCAAGGACAUGGACCCCACGCAUCCCCGGAGUUACAAAACCUGCAGGCCUGAGGAGAACGACUCCUAUGCCACCGAGAUGAAGGAGCUGCAGCUGGUGCUGUCAGAAGCCAACGAAAGCCUGCGGGGAUUGCAGGAGCAGCUGUCACAGGAGAGGCAGCUGAGGAAGGACGAGGUGGACAACUUCUCACAGAAGAUCUGCCAGCUGAAGGAGGACCACCAGAAAGCACUGCUGAGGAGGGAGUUCGAGCUUCAGAGCCUGAACCUGCAGAGGCGGCUGGAGCAGAAGUUCUGGAGCCAGGAGAAGAACCUUCUGGUGCAGGAGUCGCAGCAGUUCAGGCAGAGCUUCCUCCUGCUCUUCAUGAAACUCAAGUGGUUCCUCAAGCGCUGGCGCCAGGGCAAGAUGGUGCACAGCGAGGGCGAGGACUUUUUGGAGGUGAACAGCAUGAAGGAGCUGUACCUGCUGUUGGAGGAGGAGGAGCUCACCCCACAGCAACAGGCAGACAACAAGAUGUGCACUGGAGACACCUGGACCCCCAACACGCCCAACGAGUGUAUCAAGACGCUGGCAGAGAUGAAGGUGACCCUGAAAGAGCUGUGCACAGAGCUGCGGGAGGAGCGGCGCGGGGCUGGGGAGCUGCAGCAGCAGUUCACCAAGGCCAAGGCUGCCUGGGAGAUGGAGCGUGCAGAGCUCAAGUGCCACAUUGCUCAGCUGGAGUCAAAGGCAGGCAAAGGGAUCACAGAGCGAGCACUGCCCGACUGGAAGGUGGCGUUGAAGAGGGAGCGUGAGGAGCACCAGCAUCUCCUGGCUGAGUCCUACAGCGCUGUCAUGGACCUCACCAAGCAGCUGCAGAUCAGUGAGAAGAACUGGAACCAGGAGAAAGUGGAGCUGCUGGCUCGCUUCAAGGAGGAGCAGCAGCAGGCAGAGCAGCAAGCAAAGGACCUGCAGAACAAAAUCAACCAGUUGCAGAAAGGAGCCAACCCUUGGGCCCUGAAGCACUCUGAAAUGGAGAAGCAUGGCAGCAACUGGAAAGAGGCUCUCAAUGAAAAAAUAACAGACAAAGAGACAAUCUCUGAAGCAGAAGCCAAGGGAACCAACCUCAAAAGGACCAAGUCCGUUUCCUCUAUGUCAGAGUUUGAAAGCUUGCUCGACUGUUCUCCCUACCUCCCUGGAAAGACCAUGCCAGGAUUGGGUGACCAUUCUCGGGGCAAAAAGGCAUCUGUGGCCGCCCAGCUUCUGCCCAAUGGGAUCCGGGACAGCACCGGCAUUCCUCCCUCAAACUGUACAUAUGUGAAUAUUGAGCAAUCCGUUCCUGACAGCCUGGCCAAGGAGAAGAUGGGUAUCUCCUCCUGGGACUACUCACAGGCAAGCAGCCUCUCCGGGCAUGACCCAGCCCAGAAGCAAAUGCAGAGGAGCUAUACAGCACCUGACAAGACGGGGAUCCGCAUCUACUACAGCCCUCCGGUGGUGCGGCGGCUGGAGGCACCUCUGGUGCACAACAAGGAGGGGAAGAUCAUGAUCGAACCUGGGUUCUUGUUCACCAUGGCCAAGCCAAAGGAGCCAGAGGAGUCGGCCAGUGCUGAGAGCACCUACAGCCAGUGGCUGUGCAACUUCUCCAAGCAGCAGCGGGAGCUGCUGGACGGCGGCACGGUGGAGAGCGCGGUGCCGCCUGUGCCCCGCUUCCCCCCAUCACUGCACGACCUGGAGAUCUCUGGCAACAUGAGCGACGACAUGAAGGAGAUCACCAACUGCGUGCGGCAGGCCAUCCGCUCCAGCUCCUUGGAGAGGAAGGUGAAAAGCACCUCCAGCCAGACGGUGGGGCUGGCCCACGUGGGGACACAGACCAUCCAGACGGUGAGCGUUGGCCUGCAGACCGACCUGCCGCGUCCCAGCAGCAUGCAUGGCAAGAGCUGGUCCCCACGCAGCUCCUCCUUGGUGUCCGUGCGCAGCAAGCAGAUCUCCUCCUCCCUGGAUAAGGUCCACUCCAGGAUUGAGCGGCCGUGCUGCUCCCCAAAAUACGGCUCUCCGAAGCUCCAGAGGAGGUCUUCCUCCAAACUGGAUGCCUCCAAGGACAGGAGCCUUUGGAACCUACACCAGAGCAAGCAGAACGGCUCUGCCUGGGCCCGCUCCACCACCACCCGUGACAGCCCCGUCCUCAGCAACAUCAACGAUGGCUUGUCCAGCUUGUUCAGUGUGGUGGAGCAUGCAGGCAGCACUGAGUCCAUCUGGAAGCCAGGCUUUCCCGAGAGCAGCCGCAGCAAGCCUGAAGCACCCAAGUACGGCCUCGUGCAGGAAUUCUUUAGGAACGUCUGUGGGCGAGCGCAGAGCCCCACUGCCCCCUCAGAGAAGAAGGAGACCAUGGGAGAGGAGGGCAGUAAGAGAGCUGAGCACCCCAGCCCAGCCACCCACCACCCAGCCGACAACAUCUCCCGUGUCUUGAACAAGAAAGUUCUCAAGCAAAGCAGCUGUGAGGACCCCAAGCCCUCAUCCCCCGGCCAGGGGAGUAAGGACACAGCCCUGCGGGACCCCGACCUCAUCUCGGCCAUAGCCAGCGAGGACACCGCGUGUGACUGCAGCUCCCAGUCCCUCACCUCCUGCUUCGCCCGGCCGUCCCGCUCUGCUGUCCGCCAUUCCCCCUCCAAGUGCAAACUGCACCCCGUGGACCCCCCCAGGGCGGAGGAGAAGCCGGGGGCCUCGAACAGCCUGCAAUGUAAAACCAAGUGCAUUUUAAAAAUACCAAAAUGAGCUGCAUUGGAGAUGCGCCAAUUGGAUUAAGAGAUUGUGGGUUGGGAGGCUGCAGCCUGGCCCGUGCCGUGCAGCCCUCGGUCACCACCAGAAAAAGCCUUAUCCAGGGAGGCUGGGGGGCUGCAUUCAGCCCCACACAGAGCAGCUUUGUGCAGCCUCAGGAGAGAAGAGCAAUUUUGGAGGUGGCAGCCUGACCUAUUUUCAAGCUGCCUGCCAGGGGCCGGGCAGGGAUUCACCCAGAUGGAGCUGCCUGCAGGUGCCUGCACCUCCUGGGGCUCUGUGAAUUGCUCUGGGGGCUGUGAGCUUUGCACCAGGAUCUCUGUGCAUUGCUCUGGGGCUGUGUACAUUUCUCCAGGGCCUCCAUACCCUGCUCCAGGAAGUCUGCAGAUUGCUCUGGGGCCAUGUACAUUACUCCAAGACCUCUGUGCAUUGCUCCAGGGGCUCCGUGCAUUGCUCUGAGUCCAUGUACAGUGCUUCAGGGCUCUGUCCGCUGCUCCACCAAGGGAGCUCUGGUGCUGUGUACACCCGUUCCAAGGCCUCUGUGCAUUGCUGUCAUCUUGCAGCUUCCCUUAAAAAACUGCUCCUGCUGCCGAGGCUGCUGCCCCCUCCUGUCCAGCCGCACGCUGCCCACAGCAGGCAGCCUGCAUCACUGCCACGUCGCAGCCUCCGUCAGCAUCUCCACCACUGCCACUCACUGCCCGUGUCUCUGGACACACCAGCAAUCAGCCAGGGCCCAGCAGGCCCAGCACCGAUGGCCUUUUGCUCCUGCAGCACCUGUUCAGCCCCGUGGGGACCCUUGUCACCCAGGGGGAUGUCACACAGGGCAGGUGCUGCCACCCUCACCAGCAGCCGGGGCCAGGCAGCAUCCCUGCCAGCCACGGAGAAGCCGGGUGCCUGCACCCCAGCAGGCACAGCACUGCCACGGGCAAUCUCCUGCUGUACAUAGAUCCUCUUGGGGUGGUUUUUAGCAUUUUCAUUGAUAACAAGGGUUUUGGUUGGGUUUUGUCGUUUGUUUGUUUGUUUGUGUUUUUUCUUAAAGACUCUACUUUUGGAAUGUGGAUUCUUGUUUUUACAACUGCCUUUUAAUUAUUUGUAAUAUUGGUCAGUUCUGUCUUACUCUGUAAAUAACAGUGCUGGGCAUUUCCUGGGGGAGCAGGGUGAGGGCUGAACUGAGGUGGGCAAGGGAAUUGCAAAGGCAAGAGGGAAAAUUUGCUUGAGGUCAGGAGGUGACAUCCUCAGCCCUGGCCCCCACACAUCCCUUCUCCUCCAGACAUGCCAGUGCCCAGCUCCAGGUGAAGCCUGGUGCUCUGAGCAAAGCCACACUUGCCCCUGCCCUCUCCCUCUUCCCCUCACCAGCCCAUGCUGAGGUCACAUGAAGGGCACCUUCUGCCUGGAUGACGGGCCCCCUGCCCACCCUGUCCUGCACCCCUCUGCCAUGCCUGCUUGUCGUGUGAUGAAUAAAGGCUCUGCAACCCCCACCCUUGCUGCUGCCUUCCCAUGCUGCAGUGGAAGGACCGUGAUGCCUGGGAACCACUGCUGCUGCUGAGGGCAGUGGGGGGAUGGCUAGGGAGCCCAUGGGAGAUGCAUCUCCAUCCCAUCCCUCUGUCCUUGCCAGCUGCCCAGACCACACACAGUGUCCCACCCUCUCCUCACCCACCUCUUUUCCCCUAACACCAUCCCCAUGUGCUGACCCUGACUGUGCCGUGCCACCAGGACUCUGGGUCCUCCAUGGCCUCUCUGCCAGGGCUAUCACCUCAGACUAGGCUCUCCUUGGCUCUGCAUUGUUCUUGUGAUGUUGGGUGUUUCUCAAGCUUCCCCUGUCCUGUCCCAUCCAGCCCAGCAGCUCACCCCAGCCUGGAUGUGAACCCCUCAUCCCCUGUCCCAUCGUUGCCCUUGGCUUCUUGCCCUUGUGCUCCUCAUCACCUGCAGGUCCCAGCCUCCUCCAGGCACACUACAUCAAAUUGUCCCUCCUCGAGGUCCUCUGUCACCCAUCAUAACCCACCACUCCUUUUGCUCCUCCAUCAUCCUUCAUGUCCCAUCUCUUAUCCCUGCUCUUUGAUACCACCAGUCCCAUCCUUCCUUCUUAACUCUCCCCCAUCCUCAAUCACAUUCCUUCCUUCAUGUGGUUUUCUCUUGCUGGACAUCAGGAAACACUUCUCCUUAGGCUUGGUGCAGCUGGAACUGGUCACUGGGGAAGUAUGAGGAUCUCUGCCCUUGGAAGGUUUCACAGCUCAGCCAGAUAAAGUCACCAAUGGCCUGAUUUAGCAUUAGCAAUAACUGGUUUGGAAUGUGGGACUCCACCAGAGCCCCAUGGGAUCCCUUCAAGCACACAGAUCUUUGGGAGUUUUCUCUGAGCACAGGGAGGUUUCCAAGAGGGGCAAAAAAGACCAGACAUGGCUUGGAAUACAGCCCUUGGGAUGCUGCAGGACAUGAGGAACUACCUGUGCAGCUCACAGCUGCUCCAUGGUGCUCAAGCAAGACCACCUCACGUUCAAGCAGAACCAUUUACACUGCUUGAGCAGGACCACCCCAUGCUGCUCCAGCAGAACCAUUCCAUGAUGCUCAAGCAGGACCACUUCAGGUUGCUUGGGCAGGACCAUCCUAAUGCUGCUCCAGCAGAACCAUCCUGUGCUGCUUGAGCAGGACCAUCCCACACUGCUUGAGCAGCAACACCCCAUGCUGCUUGGGCAAGACCUCCAGGCUGCCUGAGCAGGAUCCAAUGUAGCUUGAGCAGAACCUUCCCAUGUUGCUCAAGCAGGACCACCCCAUGUAGCUUGAGCAGGACCACUCCAGGCUGCUCAAGCAGGACCAUCCUAGGCUUCUUGAGUACCAUGGGCCAAGCCAAAGUGACUUCUUGAAAGCCUACCAGAUCCCAGACCUUUGAGCUAUCCCUGAGGUGACCCCUUAGAUCCUAGAGCCAGGGUCCAUUGCAUCAUCUUUGUUUUCCUUUCUUUGGGCUGGGUCAUGCAGGGACAUGUCCAUCCCCUGCCCAUGACCUGUGGCUGCACCAGGGCACAAGGCUGCUGGCACUGCUAUCAGGGGCAGGACAGGUCUUCUCUCCACCCCAAGGGUGCCCCAUACUCUGAGGGACCUGCAUGCAGGCCCCAUUCAGAGCAUCCCACCUCACUCAUGCACAAGGCCCAGCAGGUCUCACUUGGCUGCAGACUUUGCCUUGCAACCUUGGAGGCUCCCAGCCAUCCCUUGCCCUUUCUAAGGUGAUGUUUCUGAGAGACUGUCCCACUGCCAUACAGGCAGGGACAGGGCAGCCAGUGUCUUGAUAAGGUGGCAGUGGCAUCUGCAAAGCAUUCCUGACCACUUCCCUUUCUGGCUGAUGAACUGGGGAGGGUGGAGGGAAUUUGCUACCUGUGUUAGAAACUAGCUGAACUUAAGUGUCUACCCAAGCUGGAUUUCUUACUCCAAAUGUUCAAACCAUUGUAUAUUGUACUGGGAUUUUUACAUUGAAUUAUUGUAGAAAAAA